AUGAGCAGUCAUCUCAAUAAGACCUUUGUCAAGAAAGGGAAUCAGGUGGAUGCACACAGACUCGACAUUGAAAUGUCUGCCAUGCUGAAAGAACAGUUGGUUAAUGUCUUUAGUCUGAUGAAGCCAGGAUUUUUAUUCCAAUAUGAACCAGAACUUGAUGCUUUCCUUGAGUUUCUCAUAUGGAGGUUCUCCAUUUGGGUUGAUAAGCCUACUCCAGGGAAUGCUCUUAUGAAUUUGAGGUACAGAGAUGAACGAGCAAUCGGCCUGGGAGGAAAAUGGGAGGACCAAAACGACUACUGAGUAAAGUUGUACCUGUGGUUCAAUUUGGAUUCAAAACCCUAACUUUCAAUUGAAAUCUCAUCUUUCAAUUCCAAGCAGAAACGAAAUAAGGAAAAACAAAGAAACCAAAACCCUAACUUUCAAUUGAGAGAGAAACGAACAAAAUAUCGAAGAGAGAGAGACCUUGGCAGUGUGUGGUCG